GAGAUCGUCAAUAAUCGCUUAUUUCAGGCAUUUCAGUGCGUUUCAGAUUUUCAGACAUUUACUGCAGUUACGAAUGUUUUUUUAAAUAUUGAAUUCUUCGCAUAGUUGACGAAAAUAUGGCAAGCAAAUUGCAUGAUGACAUUCCAUUAGCCGACGACGAUCCGCAAGUGAUUAUAUCUGAUGAGACUGAAGCAGCUUCAACAUAUUCCAGUAUGAUGCAUGGACAAAGUAUGGAUUCUAUACAGUCAUCAUUUACAAAUGGCAGUUCGAGUCCACAGCACCAUAGCUUGGAAGCAGACUGUAGCCCAGAUGAGGUGGAGGAGAAGGCCAGACUAAUAUCACAAGUUCUAGAGCUACAGAACACUUUGGAUGAUCUCUCUCAGAGGGUUGACAAUGUGAAGGAAGAGAAUCUUAAACUGAAAUCUGAGAAUCAGGUUUUGGGACAGUACAUUGAAAAUCUCACAUCUGCAUCUAGUGUAUUCUCAUCAACACCCAAAGUUAAGAAGAAAUAGAUGAUGGACUGUCUACACUGACAUUCUCAAUGAAAUUGAAAAUGUAGCAGAUCAAAGAAGGAAUGCUUUUAUUCAAUUCUAGUCUUUAAAUUUAAUUUCAUUUGUUGAAAAAAUAUGCAUGAUUCAUUUGUUAAAUCAAACAUUCACAUUUUUUUGUAAACUUGAGCUUAAUUCAACCUUCUUCUACACUUAGCUUGUACCCUGCACAAUUUCUCUAGUUUCUGGAAAAACAUCAAAGGAUUUAUGGUACAAAUAACAAAGAUCUAAGAAUACAUUCAAUAUUGAAACUUGGGCUUGAGCUUUAACUUGGAGUUAAAAUGUUUUUUUUUUCGUAUUUAAUAU